CCACGACGUCACUUCCUCUUGUCAGCCCGAACACUUCCGGCAAAAGAAGGAAGAAAACAGGACGCUGAACCAACACAAAACAAUCUGAAACAGUCGCUUUAAUCUUUAAGCUUUUUACGACCAGAACCAAACGCAGUCGCUAUGUUUUCCUUCCACCAUGUCUUCGACCACCCCAUGGGCCGGGGAUUCCCGAACCGCUUCUCCACGCAGUACCGCUGCUACUCGGUGUCCAUGCUGGCUGGACCCAACGACCGCUCCGACGUGGAGAAAGGAGGCAAAAUAAUUAUGCCACCUUCAGCGCUUGACCAGCUCAGCAGACUUAACAUCACCUAUCCAAUGCUGUUCAAGCUGACAAACAAGAACUCAGACAGAAUGACUCACUGUGGUGUUCUGGAGUUUGUGGCCGAUGAAGGAAUCUGCUACCUGCCACACUGGAUGAUGCAGAAUCUUCUCCUGGAAGAAGGCGGUCUAGUUCAAGUGGAAAGCGUCAACCUCAUGGUGGCCACAUAUUCAAAGUUUCAGCCACAGAGUCCUGACUUCCUGGAUAUCACAAACCCCAAGGCAGUCCUGGAGAAUGCCCUGAGAAACUUUGCAUGCUUGACAACUGGUGACGUCAUAGCCAUAAACUACAAUGAAAAGAUCUAUGAGCUGCGUGUUAUGGAAACCAAACCAGACAAAGCUGUAUCCAUCAUUGAAUGUGAUAUGAAUGUGGAUUUUGAUGCUCCUUUGGGUUACAAAGAGCCUGAGCGACGAGCUCAGAACCAGGAUGAACCAACAGAGGAGGAUGGAGACCACAGCAGUUAUGCUGAGAUGGAAAUGGGAUUCAGAGCUUUUACUGGUUCUGGAAAUCGCCUGGAUGGUAAAACAAAGGGGAUUGAACCCAGUCCCGCUCCUCUAACACCGAGCGACUUCAAAAGAGGUAUUCCAAAUUAUGACUUCAAAGUCGGCCGAAUCACCUUCAUCAGAAACUCCAGGCCUCAGCCAAGGAAAAAUUUUGAAGAUGAUGAUGCCCUAAACAGAUUCAUUGCCUUCUCUGGACAAGGACAGUCACUACGCAAGAAGGGCAGAAAGCCUUGAAUUAUUUCAAAUGAAUAUUUUGGCUUUUUUGUCCCCUUCAACAGCAAAGUAAAAAAAAAAAAACAGACACUGAUUUUCAGAGACAUUUUUGCCUUUGUGGCUGUUUCUAUGUCUAAACUUUGCAGUUGACUUUUGAUCAUAUUUUGAAGAUGAGCUCUGGCGGUAACAUUAAUGCUCAAAACAUGCUGCAUUUAUUGUACACCGUCAGCUGUAAUUUUUUUUUAUUCACAGGGGAGUCAGUGAUCACAGCCAGUCUCAACGGACAAUAUCACCAACAUAAAGUAUAUCCUGAAGAUUAUUGUUGGAAAUACAUGACCUAAUUUUGCUGUGACCACCAUUUUCCAGAAUUGUUACAUGCUUAACAAUUCUCCUGAAACAUACUGUUUCCAAAAUCCCAGUUUUAUCUUAAACAUUUUAUUUUAUAUAUGUACAAGAACCAUUUUGUUUGAAGUAUUUUUUUUUCUUUUGCAGAGUUAGAUGGAUAAUUAGCUGACAUUCUUUUUGGGUUUAUUUAUAGACAAAUAAAGGACUGUUUCAAAACUG